UGCUCCCCGCUCCACUUGUUGUUCCCUUUUCUCUCCCUGUCUUCAACGCAGCACUCACUCAGUCUCUCUCAAACUUUCCUAUCCUCUCUACACACACUCUCUCUCUAGAAAAAUCUAAAACUUCGAUCAGUUUUUCUCAUCAUGGCCUCUGUACUCACUUUCGCUUGCUCCGUCCCAGCUCCAGUCCGAGCAUCAUCCGGAUCUCCCAGGACACCCGACCCGUAUGGCAAGAAGUCCGGUUCUUCAACCUGGUGGUCCCCGCUUUUUGGUUGGUCUUCCUCUCCUGAUUACCUUAACGGCAAUAGUAUUGCCGGUGGCACAGGCGAUGAUGUACCCGAUAAGGAAUCCGGGUUAUCGGGUUCGGACCAGGAACCAGGUCGUCCCAGAUCGAGGUUCGCCCUUGGAUCGUUCACUGAGGAGAAAGCGAAGCAGCUUAGAAGGAAGACUUUGGAGGGCAGUACGUUCCACGAUAUGAUGUAUCACUCGGCGAUCGCGUCUCGUCUGGCUUCGGAUGGAUCGGGUCGGCAGGAGAAGUAAACCGGACCUCCGGUUGGUAAGUAAAAACCGGGAACCCCACGUUUUAAUUGUGGGACCCAAAAAUUUGUCGAAAUGAAUAUUUAGAACGUCUAUUUUGUAAAUGAUGAUGAACUGGCUUUGAUAGCGUGAUAAACUGUCGUUGGAUCUUUGCCGUUAAUAGUAGUUGAUGAAUGACAUGGCAAACUCUUGAUGCAUUA